AUGAAACAGCGCAAGGGGUCUGGGAACUGUGUGUUCUAUGGGCAGCGCCCAGAGGAGAAGGUGCAGGUGCCCUCGUGGCAAGAGGUGAAGCAGACCCCUGUGGUCAUGGCGAUGAUCAAAGGUCCGGGGCCUGCCAAGUACUUGCGGCCAUCCUGCACAGGCUACCUAGGCCACGACAGCUCCAUGUUCCAGGAGCCAGCCUGCACUCUGCACACUCAGCACUCAGCAAAACGGAUAAUGGACAUAUGCAGCCCUGGGCCUUGCUACUUAUUGAACCCUAAAAUAACUCAGGUUGGGCUGUCCAGCUGCCAGCAGAUCUCCAUGGAGGAACGCAUCCCUAACCUGUGCCUGAGCUCCACCCCAGCCUCCUGCCACUACUGCGUGGAGAAGACCCGCCCUCCUGGAGAACGCAGGGCCCCGCAGUACACUUUCGGCUCCCGGUGCCCAUACAGAGUAAUGGACCCCAACCCGGCACCCAACCACUACCAACUGCCACUCUUGCUGGGGCCCAACCUCCCCAUCAACCGAGCUGCUCCUUGCUAUAGCUUGGCCUCCGCAGACAACAUCCGGUUCUCCAAGAAGAAUGAGGCAGGAGGUCCUGGGCCGGCCGUGCACGCCCGCCCUGAACCAUCUGUCUACCAGAACCGCAGCCCCGUCUACAGCAUGGCCAAGCGUUUUGCCUACCCAAUGGGCCACACACCUCAGCCUGGACCGGGUUCCCAUGAUGUCCAGCUGGUCACAGUGCACAAGCCCCGCACACCUUCUUUCACGAUGGGGGUCAAACACUCACCCCACCUCUGCCCGCUGGUCAUUGACAUUCACAACUGA